GACCAGACGCUUCAGUUUGUCUGGAAACGACCGAGAGCAGAUUGAACGACGAAACCGAGCCGCAGACCGGGACCAGAACCAGGACCAGAACCAGGACCAGGAGAUGGACCAGAACCAGGACCAGGACUCCUCAUCCAGCAGGACUAAAGCUGCUGGUCUGCAGAAACGUAAAGGCAAAGAGAGGCCCAGGGGUUACCCCUGUGAUCAGUGUGAGAAAGUCCUCGCCACUUCAUCAACCUUGAAGAGACAUAAGAAGAGUCACACUGGAGAGAAGCCAUACAAAUGUGAUCAGUGUGGGGCAACUUUUUGUGAAUCAAGUGCUUUAAGAAGUCACGAACGUAUUCAUACUGGAGAGAAGCCAUACAAAUGUGAUCAGUGUGGGGCAGCUUUUACUGAAUCUGGUACCCUAACGAAACACAGACGUAUUCACACUGGAGAGAAGCCGUACAAAUGUGAUCAGUGUGGAGCAGCUUUUAGUAGAUCGGGUACUUUAAGAAUUCACCAACGUGUUCACACUGGAGAGAAGCCGUACAAAUGUGAUCAGUGUGGGGUGGCUUUUACUGUAUCGGGUAAUUUAAAAAGUCACCAACGUAUUCACACUGGAGAGAAGCCGUACAGAUGUGAUCAGUGUGGGGCAGCUUUUACUGUAUCGGGUAGUUUAAGAGGUCACCAACGUAUUCACACUGGAGAGAAGCCGUACGAAUGUGAUCAGUGUGGGGCAGCUUUUACGGAAUCGAGUGCUUUAAGAAGUCACCAACGUGUUCACACUGGAGAGAAGCCGUACAAAUGUGAUCAGUGUGGGGCAACUUUUGCCAGAUCAGAGAAUUUAAGAAGUCACCAACGUAUUCACACUGGAGAGAAGCCGUACAAAUGUGAUCAGUGUGGGGCAGCUUUUACGGAAUCGGGUGCUUUAAGUAGUCACCAACGUGUUCACACUGGAGAGAAGCCGUACAAAUGUGAUCAGUGUGGGGCAGCUUUUACUGUAUCGGGUCAUUUAAGAAGGCACCAACGUAUUCAUACUGGUGAGAAGCCGUACAGAUGUGAUCAGUGUGGGGCAGCUUUUACCACAUUAGGUGCUUUAACGAAACACAGACGUAUUCACACUGGAGAGAAGCCGUACAGAUGUGAUCAGUGUGGGGCAGCUUUUACUGAAUCGUGUAAUUUAAGAAGUCACCAACGUAUUCACACUGGAGAGAAGCCGUACAAAUGUGAUCAGUGUGGGGCAGCUUUUACUCAAUCUGGUGCUUUAAGAAGUCACCAACGUGUUCACACUGGAGAGAAGCCGUACAAAUGUGAUCAGUGUGGGGCGGCUUUUACUGAAUCGGGUUCUUUAAGAAGUCACCAACGUAUUCACACUGGAGAGAAGCCGUACAAAUGUGAUCAGUGUGGGGAAGCUUAUACCACAUUAGGUGCUUUAACUAUGCACCAACGUAUUCACACUGGAGAGAAGCCGUACAAAUGUGAUCAGUGUGGGGCAGCUUUUACUCAAUCAGGUGCUUUAAGAAGUCACCAACGUGUUCACACUGGAGAGAAGCCGUACAAAUGUGAUCAAUGUGGGGCGGCUUUUACUGAAUCGGGUAAUUUAAGACGUCACCAACGUGUUCACACUGGAGAGAAGCCGUAGAAAUGUGAUCAGUGUGGGGCAGCUUUUGCCAGAUCAGAUAGUUUAGGAAGUCACAAUUGUAUUUACAUUGGAUAAAAUGUGUGUAUGAUGAGUUUGAGGCAUUCAAAUGGCACAAACAUGUUAGAAGUUGUGUUUAAUCUUUCGUUCU